GAGGGCAUGCUGGCAGUUGUAGUUUUGCAACACCUGGAGGCACCCUUGUUGGGAACCAGUGGUGUAUGCGCUAUAGAGGUGUGGUGAACUACAACCCCCAGGAGACUACAGAGGCAGCAUGCUGGUGUUAUACCACAGACUGAAGACCCCUGAAUGACACAUGCUGGGAGUUGUAGUCCCUUUUGUGUGUGUAUGACAGUGUAUCCCAACCAGGGCUGAUUAUAUCAGUGUGCUGUGUAUAAGGGGGCCGACCUGGGAAAAUAGUAGGGUGGGUAAAGGGCGGAACAAACAAACAAACAAACAAAAACAAAAACCAGCAAGGCAUGUGGCAUGCUGGGAUUUGUAGUUUUCAGCACAACAAGAAACAGGAAAGAGAAGCAAAGAAAGGAAAACAAAGUGGGGGAUAAAAAGACAACAAAGAACGUAAAUAGAGUAGGCUAAACAACAAGAAUAGAAAUGAAACAAAACAAAUAGGCAGGUCAGGUGGAUGUUGUCACCUGCGGUAUAUUUACAACUACUCUCAUAAGGGUGUACCGUACCUACACCCAAAGUGUGUCAUCCCCCAGGAAGAGAGAUCUGCACAGUGCACCUUAUAAAAGGAAACCAUUCCUAACAGAGUACACAGGUGUGCACAGAACAGCAUUACAUGCAGCCUCACUCCUCUUCUCCUAAAAUGAAAGAGAGUGGAAAGACCUGGGCCUGGGCCAUCGCAGUCCUCAUGCUGCUGGGGAUAAUUGUCGUAGGGGCGACACUGAUUGGGGUGUAUAUGACCCAGAAGCACAUAGAGGAGGUGGUGGAGAUGGCCUUCCAUGCUAAGAAUGGAGAGAAGGUCCAGCAGACGGUCAUGGUGAACAGGGAGGAAAACUUGGCUGCAUUUUAUGUCAACACCAACAACGUGUCGUCCACCAUUCUGUAUGACUACAAUCAUGAAAUCAUCGGAUUCAGACGACUGAACAGCCAGAAAUGUUUAGUGAUGGAAAUGAACGGCGUGGACAUCCCAUCAAUGACCGACAUCCUGAAAGUCAUCAAACACUUCCAGAAACAGAACACCACAUCUGACAAUGACUUAUCCUACGAUCUGGUGGAAGGUGGAGAAGCCGAUCGGACCAAGCUCGGGGUCCCCAUUAAUAUCCUGUGCAGCGACGUCCCCAUUUACUGGGCCACACAGAACAAGUCUCCGCACCUACGCUGGAAAAUCACGAUCAAGUUCAGCAUCUUCGGAAUAAACGUAUCGUUCACCUACCAUUCCUGAUCGACUCGCCCUCCUAUUAUUGUUGUAUCAUGGGGCGUUGGGCGUCGCACGGGACGGAAACGGGUUAGGUGCAAUUUUUGGACGGCAGCCCUGAUCAGUUCCUCCCCCGCUCCCUGAUAGGAGAUAGGCAGACUUUAUACUCCUUGCAGCAUUUCACUUAGGAUUAUGCGGGUGGCGUUGGUAUUCAGGUGGCCCCUGCCCAUAUUUACAUAUCCAGAGUUAUUCUUGGCUUCCACGUGUCACUACUUGAUAGAAGUUGGGCCCGUGGCUAAGCUGGAGGGGCCACUACUUGGAGCUGGUCCAAACCCCUAGCCAUAUAUGCAUUACCCAGUGUGCACUGGGCCCUUGUCUUAUAGGGUCUUAUAGGGCCCGGGACCUAAACACCCAGUGAAACAAAUGCGAUUCCGAGAGCUGAUCGGUGACCUACAGUCGCUGAGCUGCAACAAGGACACAGAUGAUUACAACAAUGUACUGGAGCAGCGCCUUCCCACCAGGGUGCCUCCAGCUGUUGAAAAACUACAACUCCCAGCAUGCCCGGACAGCCGAAGGCUGGAG